AUCAGAAACAGACACCUCUAGAGAUGCUGUAAUUUUCACUUGUAGUUCACUAAGAAUUUCAGACACUUUUAACUCAAAAGUUUGUACUCUCCCUUCAUGAAGAGAAGAAAUACGCAUCGCUUGAGUUUGGACGCUGUGUGUUGCCGUACAGCGCACAGACCAUGUCAACAUGGCGUCUUCAAUGUCAUUCGUUAGUUUAAGCCGAAUUAUCUCUCUUAACUCUGUCACAAAAAUAUUUGUGAAUCCUGCCAGGUCAAUAUGCACGUCAGGAUGGAGGCUGGCAGAACAACAGGGACAGGGAUCCCAGCUCAUCACUGUGGAUGAGAAACUGGACAUCACUACUUUGACUGGCGUUCCCGAGGAGCAUAUUAAGACCCGCAAGGUCUGUAUCUUUGUGCCCGCCCGCAAUGCCAUGCAGUCUGGCGUCAAAAAUACCCAAAAGUGGAAGAUGGAUUUUGACACCAGGGAACGCUGGGAGAACCCACUGAUGGGCUGGGCCUCCACGGCAGACCCCCUGUCCAACAUGGUGCUUACGUUCAGCACUAAGGAGGACGCUAUCACUUUCGUAGAGAAGAACGGUUGGAGUUAUGAUAUAGCAGAAAAGAGGGUCCCAAAGCUGAGAGUGAAGUCAUAUGGAGCAAACUUUUCCUGGGACAAAAGGACUAGAAGGUCGGCCAAGUAGACAUCCCGUUUCUGCCUGUCUGUGUUAUCUUUAACAGACCUGUAAAAAAUCAUAUACUCUAUGUAUCUAAUAAACUAUCUUUACAACUCUUGAGUUUUACUGUGCUUC